CCAAGAGAAGGAGCUUAAAACCAGAUAACCCCAUCAGAAUGACCAGCAGUCGUGCAGACUGUCAUUACUGCCUGCAGUCUCUUCGUGGAAGGAAGUAUGCAUUAAGAGAAGAAAACGCUUAUUGUGUUACGUGUUAUGACAGCCUGUUUGCCAACCCCUGUGAAGAGUGCAAGCAACCCAUUGAGUGCGAUUCCAAGGAUCUGGCCUACAAAGGCCGCCACUGGCAUGAGGGAUGCUUCAAGUGUGCCAAAUGCAGCCGCUCGCUGGUGGAGAAACCCUUUGCUGCCAAGGACGAGCUCUUGCUGUGUACCGAAUGCUACUCUGAUGAGUAUUCAUCUAAGUGUUUCCACUGCCAGAAGACCAUUAUGCCUGGUUCUCGUAAAAUGGAAUUUAAGGGAGGUUCCUGGCAUGAAUCCUGUUUCGUUUGCCAGUAUUGCCGGCAACCACUGGGAACAAAACCACUGAUCACCAAAGACAACGAGAACUACUGCGUGCCCUGUUUUGAGAAGCAAUUUGCUCACCAUUGUUACUCUUGCAAAAAGGUAAUAACCUCUGGAGGAGUGAGCUACCACGACCAGCCUUGGCAUAAAGAAUGCUUUGUGUGUGCUGGAUGUAAAACUCAGUUGUCUGAACAAAGGUUUAUUUCCAAAGAUGAAUAUCCAUACUGUGUAGACUGUUUCAGCAAAUUGUACGCUAAGAAGUGUGCUGCUUGCAAGAAACCUAUUACAGCUCCAGGAGGUGCCAAAUUUGUUUCAUUUGAAGAGCGCCAGUGGCAUGGGGAAUGUUUUAACUGUGCGAAAUGCUCUGUCUCGCUGGUGGGCCAAGGAUUCCUGACUCGGCAGGAUGAUAUCCUCUGUCAUGAAUGUGGCUCUGCUUCGUAGCUGUAUGGAGAGCUUUACAGCUGCAUUAUUCUCGCUCUGUAAUGAUGUACUCCAUUACUCUGCAGUAAGAAAAUAAUC